AUGGCAGAUACUGUUAAAUCAUUGAGAAAAGCUAAUGAUGCCUUAAAAGAACAACUCAAUGAAUUUGCCAAGGAAAUGUUGACAAUGAAAGCGAAGAUUGACAAACAUGGUCUGCCAUUACAGCCAUCACUGGCAGAUCUGAAAAAGCAAGCGAAAGGAUUGCAGUAUCUCAGUGAUGAAUAUGACAACAUCAAAUCAUUCAAAGGUUCAACAGAAAAGGAACUAAAGUGUCUGAACACAAAAUUAACCAAACUAAGUAUUAAAACCGAUAAAUUAGCUGCACAAAUUGACUCUAUUGAACAGUAUAGUUAUAAUUAUAAUCUAAAAAUCAUGGGUGUGCCACAAAUUUCGCAACACGAAACUGCUGAAGACACCGCAUCUUUAUGUAUGAAACUCUUUACCAGAAUUGUAGCAACUAAUAUCUCUUUACAAGACAUCGAUAUUGCGCAUCCGAAUGCCAUUAUAUGUAAAUUUACGAGCCGACUCGCAAGAGAAAAGGUUCUUUUGCGAAAGAAAGCAACAAGGUCGAUAACGUCACCUGAUUUAGGCCUUGAUCUGAGCACUCAAAUAAAAUAUAUUGGUAUCUUUGAACAUUUGACGCCAAGAAUACAGCAGUUGCUGUAUCAAGCUAAGUGUUUCCAAGCUGAGAAUAACUACAAGUUUUGUUGGUCAAAGUCCUCAUGUAUUCUUCUCAGGAUCAGUGAUACCUCUCGAAUAAUAAAGCUUCAGAAUAUGCCCGAUUUGGAAAAACUGUGUUUGGAUUCUCAAGAUGAGUAAAAUAAUUAUAUUUGCUUAUUUGUGACUUUAGUAUUAUUUGUGACUUUAGAUGGGUAACACUAAAGAAGCUAAAUUGCUCCUAAGGGAAUUACUGUUUUAUGGUUCAAAUCAUAUAGAAUAUAACAACACUUUAUCUUGCAAUCACAAAAAUAUAAGAGAAUUGAAUAAACUCUGUAGUAUCUAUGAUAUAGACUUGUUUAACUUAACUUCUGCCCAAUUUAGCGAUAUAAAUCCUGAUCAUAUUUUUGGGAAACAACAAAUUCGAACUAGAUAUUAUUCACCGAAUAAUUUUAAGCAACUUAAAAGUACUCCAGGUACGUAUUCUAGCUUUUCGCUAUUUCACAAUAAUAUUAGAAGCUUGAAGCACAAUUUAGAAAAUCUACAAGUUCAAGUGAACUGAAUUACCACUUUAAUAUUAUUGGUGUUACUGAGACUAAAAUAACUAAUUCAACUGAACUUAAUUUUAAUGUUGAAAUAAUGGGUUAUAAAUUUGAAUAUGUUCUAACACCAUUAGCUUUUGGAGGUGUUGGUAUGUAUAUUGACAAUACUCUAGAGUAUGUAAUAAUAGAAAAACACUCUCAUGAGGCAUUUCAGGCUUUAUGGAUAGAAAUAAUUCAUUCUAAUAAGAAGAAUAUAAUUUGUGGUAUUAUUUAUCAGCAACACAACAAUCCUGAUCGCUUUCUUACUUAUUUUAAUGAGAAGGUUGAACAAUUUAGUGCUACAGGAAAAUAAUUUUGUGUCAUGGAUGAUUUCAAUGUGGACCUUCUCAAAUCAGGUAGUUGUAAUUAUUCCCAGGACUUUUUAAAAUUCAUCUCAAAGUUUUUCUGUCUAUUUUAAAACAUGCUAAAAUAAUUUCUAUUUUUAAAGGAGGUGAUGACACUGAGGCUGGUAACUACAGACCAAUUUCACUUCUACCUAACUUCAACAAAAUUUUCGAAAAAGUAAUAUACAAGCGCAUCAUGUCAUUUGUUCAAAGUAAGAAUAUUCUUUAUCAUUCACAAUAUGGUUUUCGGAAAAAAAAACCAUUCUACAGAACAUGCAAUUCUUAAUAUUGUAAAUAAAAUACAAGAAAACAUGGACAAUUAACAUUUUACCUGUGGUAUCUUCAUUGAUCUUCAAAAAGUGUUUGACACAGUUGAUCACUCAAUCAUGUUACAUAAACUAUAUUACUAUGGAUUUAGAGGUAUAAUCCAAGAUUGGUUUUCCUCAUAUUUAAUAAAUUAUGUCCAAAGUACACAAGUUGGUACAAAUAUUUCAAAUAAGGAAAUAAACUUAUGUGGGGUACCACAAGGAUCAGUACGUGGACCCUUACUUUUUCUAAUCUAUGUCAAUGACAUAUAUCAGUCCUCUAAUAAAUUUAGCUUCCAUUUGUUUGCUGAUGACAAUAACUUAAUUUAUUUUGAUAAAAACCCCAAAACACUUGAAAGUGUAGUAAAUGAAGAAUUACUCAAAGUUUAUGACUGGUUAAAUGCAAAUAAAUUAACUCUGAAUAUAAAAAAAUCAAACUUUGUUAUUUUCCACCUUCCUCAAAAAAAGCUAAGUUAUCAAAUAAAUAUUAAAAUAUUUGACAAAAAAAGAUAACAAAUACAUAUCUCUUGAACGCAAGGAGUAUGUCAAAUACCUAGGCAUUUUACUUGAUGCUAACUUAUCAUGGAAAGAUCAUAUUAGUUAUGUGGUGUCUAAAAUAAGCAAAACAAUUGAUGUGAUCGCCAGGCUUCGGCAUUUAUUGCCUUUUGAAAUCCUGACAAAAAUCUAUCGUUCUUUGAUAUAUCCUUAUUUAUCUUAUGGUUUAACAAUUUCGGGAAACGCUACACAAAAACAAUUUUAAAAAAUCUCAUACUUCAAAAACGAGUUCUUUGCUGUUCCAUUGUUUAAGGGAUUAGUGUCAGGGUCAUGCAUUGCGGGCUUUUGUUAUUGUUUACAUUUUACUCAAAUACAACAAAUAGUGAUAAAAAUACCUUGUUUGGUACAUUUCUGAUACAAAUGACACAAAAAGAGCAAGGAUUAUAAAAGGAUGGUUUAAAUAUAUGACAGAUUGUAAAAACUUUCCAGAUCAUCUAAUGUAUUCGUCCCGAAAAAUGGCCACCAGCAGGAGUUUGAGCCCGCAAAUUCCUGGUGUGACACUAAUCCUUUAGCAAUACUAAUAAUUUACCAAUAAGUAUGCUCUAUGUUGAAUCUGUUUCCAAAUUAAUGAAUGACAUUACUAACAAAUUGAUACCAGAAAAUAUUUCUGACUUGUUUAUAUUCAAACUUCUAAUGUGCAUUCCUAUAUUACCAGAUCCUCAGCAGCUGGGAUUACUGUAAAAAAUAUUCUUGCACGAAUCAACAAAAAAAUGCUUUUUCUAGAAUUGGUGCUAAAAGUUAAAAAAAUACAGAUUUGUAUUGUAAACGCAACACGGCAGAUACUGUUAAAUCAUUGAGAAAAGCUAAUGAUGCCUUAAAAGAACAACACAAUGAAUUUGCCAAGGAAAUGUUGACAAUGAAAGCGAAGAUUGACAAACAUGGUCUGCCACUACAGCCAUAUCGGCGGCAGAUCUGAAAGAGCAAGCGAAAGGAUUGCAGUAUCUCAGUGAUGAAUAUGACAACAUCAAAUCAUUCAAAGGUUCAACAGAAAAGGAACUAAAGUGUCUGAACACAAAAUUAACCAAACUAAUUAUUAAAACCGAUAAAUUAGCUGCACAAAUUGACUCUACUGAACAGUAUAGUUAUAAUUAUAAUCUAAAAAUCGUGGGUGUGCCCCAAAUUUCGCAACACGAAACUGCUGAAGACACCGCAUCUUUAUGUAUGAAACUAUUUACCAGAAUUGUAGCAACUAAUAUCUCUUUACAAGACAUCGAUAUUGCCCAUCCGAAUGCCAAAUUAAUGUAUGACGUUACUAACAAAUUGAUACCAGGAAAUAUUUCUGACUUAUUUAUAUUCAAACUUCUAAUGUGCACUCCUAUAUUACCAGAUCCUCAGCAGCUGGGAUUACUAUAA